AUGAUGAGUGAGGACAUCGAUGUGUCUAAGCUGAAAGUACCAGAGUUGAGAGCCGAGUUAGGUAGGCGUGGUCUCAAUACUUUCGGGACAAAGCAAAUUUUAAUGGAUCGACUAAAUGAUGCUCUCAAAUCGGCAUCGCCUAAUCUUGACAAGAAACAACCGGCAGACUCUGAGGAACAACCCCACCUGGCGUCUACGAAUCUUUCGAGGCAACCGAGUCAAAACUCAGGACGUGAUGUGCUGGAUUCAAGUCCUAACAUGUCCCCACAGCGUGGGUGUGAGAACGGGUUAGUGAAUGAAAAGGAUAGUAGUCCAGGUAAUCAACAUCAAAAACCAGACCAAGAAAACCUCAAGCGUAGGCGCUCACCAUCACACUCUCCCCGCCGUAGAUCUAGGUCUCGAGACAGGGACUCUCGCAGGUCACCCCGUAGACGUUCCAGGUCUCCACAGGUCAAAUCUAAAAUGGUUCCGGAACCAGAUAAUUGGGAAGAAAGCGUAUCUGUUUUCUUAGAUACUUACAAUUGUGAUUUAAACCUCAUAAUCGAUGCUACCGGCUCUCAGGCAAAACCUCUGACAGAGGGUGGUUUCUCACUAAUGUGGGCUGGAGCAAGAGCAAACUAUGGCUCAAUAUCUGGGAAGUCAUUUUUUGAAGUGCGGGUAGUGAAAAAUCUCCCUGUUGAAAACUAUGACAGUUUGGUCGGCGGAUCAACUCACGUACUACGAGUUGGCUGGUCUACGGAAGACACCGAUUUCACUCUUGGCGAAGAGCCUCAGUCUUUUGGCUAUGGAGGUACGGGAAAAAAGUCUACAAACAACAAGUUUACUGACUAUGGUUGUACAUUCGGAGAAGGUGAUGUCGUUGGUGCUUUCAUCGAAUGGACAAAUGUUGAAGCUCUGUUAAGGUUUAGUGUUAAUGGUGUGGACCAAGGGGAGUGCUUCCGUGUUCAAAAGUCGCAGUUAGGAGAACGUUGUGCUUUGUUCCCGCACGUCUACGUGAAGAACGUUGAGUUUGCCUGCAACUUCGGGCAAGAAAACCAGUCUCCUUGGUUUAGUCCUAAUAUCCCAUCUGAUGAUCCUUUAUCUUGGCAACAAAUAAAUUGUCUACCCCUAUCAUGUCGCGUACAUGGUCGCUGCCCACCUCAAUCAAAGUCUGAGUGUGAAGUGAUUAUGAUGGUAGGACUACCGGGAGCAGGAAAAACGUAUUUCGCUGAGCAACAGAAAACAGAGCAUCGUGAAAAGCAAUAUAAUAUACUAGGAACCAACCUUAUUUUAGAUAAGAUGAAAGUAAUGGGCAUCGCACGACAACGUAAUUAUCACGGGAGAUGGGAUGUUUUGAUUGACAAAUCAACGAAGUGUUUAAACACACUUAUCAGUAUGGCGUGUAUGCGCCGUCGUAAUUACAUUUUGGAUCAGCAAAUUUCGGGAUUCCUAGACCUGUAUCUGAAGAUCCCUCUAGCGUUUUUGAUGAGGUUAUCUUUACCGAACUUGGUCUGGAUGAUGUAA